CUCAUUAGCUGCAGGCAGUGCAGAGGGAUCAGAAAAUGACUGCCCAAGACACCACUCAGCCCCCCAAAUGUUGCUUCUUCAACAUCAAGACAGCAACAGUUGCUUUAGGGAUCUUCCACAUGGUGAUGAGCGUCCUGCUGCUGAUUGAGUACUCCCUGGAGGUGGCAGGUGGGAAAGGCUUUUGCAAUGACCUGGACAAGGAUUACUACAGGAUUGCUGAUAUCAUCACCAGUUUCCUGUUGAUCAUCCUGCUCUUUGCCAUCAGCUUCAACCUCCUCCUUGGUGUGGUGAAGAAGAGGGAACGUCUCCUCAUCCCUUUCCUUGCUCUACAAGUCAUGGACUUCCUCCUCAGCCUCCUCACUAUGUUCAGCUCCUACAUACAAGUCCCAGCAAUCAUUUCUGUGUCCUCCCUUAGCCACAUGCAGGGACACUCGAAGAUCCCAUUCCUGGCUCUGCAGCUGCUGGACUUCUGCCUCAGUAUUCUCACCCUGUGCAGCUCUUGUGUGGAGGUCCCAACCUACUUCAGUCUCAAGUCUUCAGACAAUGUGAGCAUUUUGCCAACCCUGGAGAAGUUACCCACAGAAGAAUACACCAAAGUGAUGGUCACCUUCACCAUUGCCUUCAUUGCUGUCCUCUUCCUGAAGGCCUAUAUGUUCAAAUGUGUUCUCAGCUGUUUUAAGUACAUCAAAACCAGCAAGAGAGAGGAGGUGAAAGCUGACCCACAAGCAGCUGAAAAGGCUGUGCUGCCAUCAUAUGAGGAAGCCUUGGAGUUGCCUUCCAAAGAGUCCCCACCACCCUAUGUAACAGUCUAAGCUCCCCUCUUGGAGAGAAGAAGCCAUCUGCAUUGCUGCUGGUGCCUCUUCUGCCAGAUAGCCAGUCCUUACCUUACAGCAGUAUUUCAAUCCAGCUCAGCUUAUGAGCCUACAAAGAGUGGUGGUGAACCACAGGAGUUGUUGCUUUGCUCUACACUGGCACUUUUGACUUGGUGCUACCAAGCUGCAGUGCUGAUUUUAACCAGCCUGGCACCAGGCACCGCUGAGGUUCCCAUCGCUGGCUGAUGCGAAGUGCAGGCACUGCCCUGACUCCCUUCUCAGGCUUAGCUUUCUGCCAGCAAGAUGCUGCUUCUCACCUGCCUCACAUCUAACUCACCAGCUGAGAGAUUCAGGAAGUGGACUGUGGGGAGAAGGGGCAAGAACCUUUCUGCUGAGACAACCCAAGGCUGAAGCUGUGCCAAGCAGCACCUUUAACCGUGAGCCUGCAGGAAAGGCAUCAGCAGAAGGGUGAGGAUUUCAGAUGGCUGCGGUGCAGACCUCAUCCUGUCUGCUUCUGAUGGUGAUUGGUAGUGUGUACAGCGUGCUGGAACUGUCACAGCAUUGCUCUGCCAUGGCAUACCUGAGUAUCUGUACUUUGGGGUUUGUGCUUUUAGUGUGACCUGAAAGAGGAGUUUCAAUUAAAACACACAAACAUGUUAA